ACAGUUUAUAGGUAGCAUUUCUACAGAAAAGUUACUUUAUUUUAACACAAGAAAAUGCGCUUUUUAUUAGUUUUGGCUUUUGCCUCGGUAGCCUUGGCCGGCUCUAUUUUGCCCCAACAGGGUAGAAUUGGUAGUCCUAUGACUGGCAAAAUUGAUGCCUAUGUUUUGGAUUUGGUGGAAAAUGGUGAUGGUGAAUUAGAGGUGGUGGUUGACCAAGAAGAUGGCACCAUGGAGGUGGCUCCUCACUUCAUUUUGUCCUGGCAAGUACGUCGUUUUAUUCGUAAAAUGCAAAAGCAAAUGCCCUGUGGCUGGCCACAAUAUGGCAUUCCCCCAUUGGCUCCCUUGAAAAUGCGUGAGGCUGAAAUUUCCUUGAAGAAGGGUAUUUUGGAAACCGUCGACAAAGUUUUCCGUUUCCGCGUUGACGGUUUGGACGACUUCAAAAUCCAACGUUUCAAGCUCAACAUGUUCACCUCUAAGGUCAAAUUCGACUUCCUUUUCCGCAACGUCAAGGCCUCCGCCGACAAAUACGAAACCGAUACCAUUUUGGAUGCCAUGCGCGAAUUGGGCCUAUCCGUCCAAUACGAAGGUGAUGGUUCUUUGGAAUUCGGUUUGAAGAAUUUACGCAUUGCCGGUACCUUGAAAUACAAAAUUCCAAUUUUGUGGGGCUCCAUCAAGAUCACCUCUCUGAAGACUGAAGUCACUUUGGAAAAAUGCUCGUCUGAUAUUAAGGGUUUUAUGGGUGAUGGUUCUAUUAAUCGCAUGAUCAAUGGUCAAAUUGAAAACUUUGUUGAGAUGGGCGUUAAUGGCAACACUCAAGAGAUCUCCGAUUUGAUUGAAAACAAUUUGGUGCCCAAGGUUAAUAAGAUGUUGAAGGGUAAUGAUUUCUGGACCAUUAUCGAUUACAUUUUCUCCAGCACCGAGGGUGAGGGUGAAGAUGAUCCAAUUGUUACCAAGUGUGUAGCACCAGCUGAUCCAUGGGCUUAAGUUAUGAAAUGUGUUUUGUUUUAAGGAUGAUGAGAUUUAAAGAAGAAAUGAAAUAAAAAUUUGAAUUUAAAAUUAAAAGA